GUGAGCCGAGAUCGGCGCCACUGCACAAUUCUCUCAAAAAAGCAAACAACAAAAAAAGGCAGACCCUCCCUAUCCCCAUUCAAAAGCAACGUUGUGAGGAGGCUCAGCUGUGACAGCGACCUGUACUCCCCGCCCCCAUUCCCAAGCGCAGCACUCUUCCACCCUCUGCCUACCCAGAGCAGGUUUCCGUUUCUUCUCACUUCCCCUUCCGGGUCAGGACCCUGCCCAUGUUCCGGUCUUGCGCACGAGGGCUAGAACGCAGCAACUCUGCUGGCGUUUCCAUGGUAGCGAGUGGCCUGAUCUUUGCGGGGCUAAGCAACGAAGUAGUAUCAGUGUUCCGUAGCCCCACUGGAACUACGCAGAGCCAGGCCAGCGGGACCACAGAAUGGGCUGAGGCGGCGGCUCUUUGGAUAAAGUCGACAGCGGGACGUGGGGCGUGACGCCGGUCCGGCAUCCUAAGACGUCUGGUUUGAGUUGCGGGCGGGAUCAGGCUUUUUUUAGGACCUUGGGCCUGAUAAGCGGGCGACUGCAGUAGUGCGGGAACCUAUUAUUUGACAGGAACAUGACAGGAAGUGUGGGGACUCCAUGCUUGAUGGAUGGUGACUUAUAGUGAAGUAAUCUCAGUGUUGAUGGGCAUGACCGAAACAGCAGGAGUACCCGUAAGUUCUGUAGUAAAAGCCCAGCUUGAAAAUGGAGAUGUAUGAAACCCUUGGAAAAGUGGGAGAGGGAAGUUACGGAACAGUCAUGAAAUGUAAACAUAAGAAUACUGGGCAGAUAGUGGCCAUUAAGAUAUUUUAUGAGAGACCAGAACAAUCUGUCAACAAAAUUGCGAUGAGAGAAAUAAAGUUUCUAAAGCAAUUUCAUCAUGAAAACCUGGUCAAUCUGAUUGAAGUUUUUAGACAGAAAAAGAAAAUUCAUUUGGUAUUUGAAUUUAUUGACCACACAGUAUUAGAUGAGUUACAACAUUAUUGUCAUGGACUAGAGAGUAAACGACUUAGAAAAUACCUCUUCCAGAUCCUUCGAGCAAUUGACUAUCUUCACAGUAAUAAUAUCAUUCAUCGCGAUAUAAAACCUGAGAAUAUUUUAGUAUCCCAGUCAGGAAUUACUAAGCUCUGUGAUUUUGGUUUUGCACGAACACUAGCAGCUCCUGGGGACAUUUAUACGGACUAUGUGGCCACACGCUGGUAUAGAGCUCCAGAAUUAGUAUUAAAAGAUACUUCUUAUGGAAAACCUGUGGAUAUCUGGGCUUUGGGCUGUAUGAUCAUUGAGAUGGCCACUGGAAAUCCCUAUCUUCCUAGUAGCUCUGAUUUGGAUUUACUCCAUAAAAUUGUUUUGAAAGUGGGCAAUUUGUCACCUCACUUGCAGAAUAUCUUUUCCAAGAGCCCCAUUUUUGCUGGGGUAGUUCUUCCUCAAGUUCAACACCCCAAAAAUGCAAGAAAAAAAUAUCCAAAGCUUAAUGGAUUGUUGGCAGAUAUAGUUCAUGCUUGUUUACAAAUUGAUCCUGCUGACAGGAUAUCAUCUAGUGAUCUUUUGCAUCAUGAGUAUUUUACUAGAGAUGGAUUUAUUGAAAAAUUCAUGCCAGAACUGAAAGCUAAAUUACUGCAGGAAGCAAAAGUCAAUUCAUUAAUAAAGCCAAAAGAGAGUUCUAAAGAAAAUGAACUCAGGAAAGAUGAAAGAAAAACAGUUUAUACCAAUACACUGCUAAGUAGUUCAGUUUUGGGAAAGGAAAUAGAAAAAGAGAAAAAGCCCAAGGAGAUUAAAGUCAGAGUUAUUAAAGUCAAAGGAGGAAGAGGAGAUAUCUCAGAACCAAAAAAGAAAGAGUAUGAAGGUGGACUUUGUCAACAGGAUGCAAAUGAAAAUGUUCAUCCUAUGUCUCCAGAUACAAAACUUGUAACCAUUGAACCGCCAAACCCUAUCAAUCCCAGCACUAACUGUAAUGGCUUGAAAGAAAAUCCACAUUGCGGAGGUUCUAUGACAAUGCCACCCAUCAAUCUAACUAAUAGUAAUUUGAUGGCUGCAAAUCUCAAUUCAAAUCUCUUUCACCCCAGUGUGAGGUUAACUGAAAGAGCAAAAAAGAGACGCACUUCUUCACAAUCUAUUGGACAAGUUAUGCCUAAUAGCAGGCAAGAGGAUCCAGGUCCUAUUCAAAGCCAAAUGGAGAAGGGUAUAUUUAAUGAGCGAACAGGUCACAGUGACCAAAUGUCUAAUGAGAACAAAAGGAAGCUGAAUUUUUCCAGAUCUGACAGGAAAGAAUUCCAUUUUCCAGAAUUGCCUGUCACAAUACAGCCAAAAGAUACGAAAGGAAUGGAAGUUAAACAGAUAAAAAUGCUGAAGAGGGAGUCAAAGAAAACAGAUUCAUCUAAGAUACCAACUUUACUUAAUGUGGAUCAAAAUCAAGAAAAACAAGAGUUUAUUCCCCUGUCUAUCUCUGCUGUCUGCCUACUGUCCUAUUUUAACAAAUAUUUGCUCUCAGCUAACUAUCAGGUAAUCUUGUUGAAAUAUUCCCAGUCCCUACCCACCAGAGAGAUUCUCAAAUUUUAUUUGAAAAUCUUAAAGCCUGUAACAUCCAAAUGAAUGCUCUAUAAAGACAAUCUUUUAAGAGAAAGAGAUUGUGCCAAGCACCCACUGAAUUAAAUCAUAUUGAUGGCCGCCUAUUCUGCACUUGUGAGGUCAUUUCUGUAUGUGAUUUAUCAACUUCUGUUUUUGUUUUUGUUUUUUUUUUUUGAGACAGAAUCUCA